AUGGUAGCUUGUUGGAAGAUUCUCUUCAUGAUCCUUUGGAUCCUUUUAACAGUAUUUUUUCCUCAACAAGUAGCUGGUUUUCCCAAAAUCACUUCUUUGACCUCUAUUAUGGUUAAUGAUCAAGCUGGUAUUGAAGACAGUGAAGCAAAUGCUCUGUUAAAGUGGAAAGAUAGCUUUGAAAACAAUAGCCAAGCUCUCUUGUCAACUUGGACAAAAGCUACUAGUCCAUGCAAAUGGAAAGGAAUUCAGUGUGACAAAUCAAAAUCCAUCUCUAGCAUAAAUCUUACAAAUUAUGGAAUAAAAGGUAAACUCCAAACUUUUAGCUUCUCUUCAUUCCCGAACCUUCUCGAGCUGAAUAUCUACAACAACUUCUUUUAUGGGACCAUUCCUCCACAAAUUGGUAACAUGUCCAAAAUAAAUGUUUUGAACCUUUCUACAAACCCACUAGAAGGUUCCAUCCCCAAAGAAGUGUGGACAAUGAGGAGUUUAAAAGGCCUUGAUUUUUCUGCAUGUGAGCUAAGUGGAGACAUUCCGAAUUCCAUAACAAACUUGACUAACCUAUCCUAUCUAGAUUUGAUGGACAACAAAUUUUCCAAUGGCUAUAUUCCUCGUGAGAUUGGCAAAUUGAACCACUUGGAGCAUCUAUCUUUUUCAGGUUGUAACCGUAUUGGUUCCAUUCCCCGAGAAAUUGGAAUGUUGACAAAACUCGGUUUUAUGGAUUUGUCGCAUAACAGUCUAUCUGGUAGCAUUCCAGAAACAAUUGGUAACUUGACCAAUUUAAAUAAACUUUACCUUUCUAAUAACACAUUGUCAGGAACAAUCCCAGUCUCCAUGUGGAAUAUGUCUUACUUGUCCAUCAUCUUUUUGAGUAACAAUAAACUUUCUGGAUCAAUCCCUUCUUCUGUACAAAACUUGGUCAAUUUGAACGAACUAUCAUUUCAGUCCAACAACUUUUUUGGACCUAUUCCUUCCUCAAUCGGAAACUUGACAAAGCUAAUGAGAUUAUACUUGUUCACUAAUCAUUUUUCUGGAUCGAUUCCCACUUCUAUUGGAAAUAUGAUUAGUAUGGUGUUCCUCAGUUUGUUAGGAAACAAUCUUUCUGGAACUAUUCCUGCUACAAUUGGAAAUUUGACAGGGUUAAAGGCCUUGGAAUUGGCCAACAAUAAAUUGCAUGGUAGCAUUCCACAGAGCCUGUAUAACUUUACCAACUUGGUUUCCUUUACAUUGGACGAGAAUGAUUUCAUUGGCCAUUUGCCACCUCAAGUAUGUUCUGGUGGAUUUCUACGAUACUUCACUGCUUUUCGCAACCAUUUCACCGGUCCAGUACCAACAAGCUUGAAAAACUGCUCUAGUAUUGAAAGAAUUAGGUUCGAGGGUAAUCAAAUAGAAGGUGAUAUAGCCCAAGAUUUUGGUGUAUAUCCAUAUUUGAAAUACAUUGAUCUGAGUGACAAUAAAUUUUAUGGUCACAUUGCACCAAACUGGGGAAAGUGUCCUAAUCUUCUUACCUUCAUGAUAUCCAACAAUAAUAUCUCUGGUGGCAUACCGUUAACACUUCUUGAGGCAAACAAACUAGGAAAACUCCACCUUGCUUCAAAUCACUUAACAGGAAAGCUUCCAAAGGAACUUGGAUACCUGAAAUCAUUACUUGAAGUUAAGAUCAGCAACAAUCAUCUUUCAGGAAAUAUUCCAAGCGAAAUUGGAUUGCUAGAGAAUCUCGUAGAUUUCAAUGUAGGAGGAAACAUGUUGAAUGGCACAAUACCAAAAGAAGUUGUGAAGUUACCCUUGUUACGGAACUUGAAUUUGAGCACGAACAAAAUUGAAGGGAGAAUUCCCUCGGAGUUUAGCCUGUCACAGCCUCUUGAAUCUCUUGAUCUUAGCGGGAAUUUGUUGAGUGGAACAAUACCAUCAGUUCUAGGAGAGUUGAAGCAACUGCAAAAGCUGAAUCUGUCAUGCAAUAAUCUUUCUGGCAACAUUCCAUCCAGUUUUGAAAAUUCCAUGUCAAGCUUGACUUAUGUCAACAUAUCAAACAACCACUUAGAAGGGAGGAUACCAAAUAAUAAAGCCUUUCUCGAGGCUCCAAUUGAGUCAUUACAAAAUAACAAAGGCUUGUGUGGUAAUCACACUGGCUUAGAGCUUUGCCCAACCAACCACAGUCAAAAGAGCCACAAGAUCAUCCGACUAAUAUUGUUUAUUAUCUUAGGUGCUCUGGUCCUAGUAUUUUGUGGGGCGGGAAUUUCGAUGUAUAUUCUUUAUCAGAGAGCAAGAAAGACAAAAACAAAAGAUAAAGAUUCUAAUGAAGCACAAGCAGAUGAAGUCUUUUCCAUAUGGAGUCGUGAUGGAAAAAUGAGGUUUGAAAAUAUCAUUAGAGCGACGAAUAAUUUCGAUGACGAUUUUCUCAUUGGAGUGGGAGGAGAAGGAUCUGUUUACAAGGCUAAAUUGUCUGCAGAUGAGGUUGUUGCAGUAAAGAAACUUCAUUCACGAACAGAUGGGGAGAGGCCCAAUUCCAAAGGCUUUGAAAAUGAAAUUCAAGCUUUGACAGAAAUCAGGCAUCGUAACAUCAUAAAGCUCUGUGGAUAUUGUCAACAUUCAAGAUUCUCGUUUUUGGUUUAUAAGUUCUUGGAAGGUGGAACUUUGACUCAAAUGCUAAACAAUGAGACAAAAGCCACUGCAUUUGAUUGGGAAAAGAGAGUGAAUGUUGUUAGAGGUGUGGCUAAUGCUUUGUCCUAUAUGCAUCACGACUGCAUACCUCCGUUAGUUCAUCGUGACAUAUCAAGCAAGAAUGUUCUUUUGGAUUCAUCCUACGAAGCUCAACUUUCUGAUUUUGGAACAUCCAAGUUUCUGAAGUCUGGUUCAAGCAGCUGGACCACAUUUGUAGGCACCUUUGGGUAUGCAGCUCCAGAGUUUGCGCAAACAAUGGAAGUGACUGAGAAGUGCGACGUUUACAGCUUUGGAGUUCUUUGUUUUGAAAUCCUUUUGGGAAAGCAUCCAGCAGAUUUCAUUUCUUCGUUGUUCUCAUCGUCCACAGCAGCAAUGACUUAUAAUUUGCUGUUGAUCGAUGUGUUAGACAACCGCCCUCCUCAACCUACCAAUUCAAUUGUUGGGGAUGUCAUCUUGAUUACAAGAUUGGCAUUUUCUUGCUUGAGUGAAAAUCCAUCUUCUCGACCCACCAUGGAUUAUGUUUCUAAAGAGCUAAUGAUGAGAAAAUCACAGUCACCUUUAGUGGACCAGUUUCCCCAUAUCAGACUUGGACAACUCCACUAA